GCGCUAUCGGGGUCAGAGGCUUGAGUCUAAGGCGUAGAGUGUAUCAUGUUGAAGAUGAGCGGGUGGCAGCGACAGAGCCAAAAUCAGAGCCGGAACCUGAGGAGAGAGUGUUCCAGAAGGAAGUGUAUCUUCAUACAUCACCACACCUGAAAGCAGACAGGCAGCAGGCCAGUGUGCCAACCUGUAGACUGACGGCUUUGUGGAGCUUCUUCCCCCGCCCCACUAUCCUGAGUAUGUCCUUUCCCAGAGCCUGAUCCAGCCACAGAGAUGGCAGCUGAGUCACUGCCUUUCUCCUUCGGGACACUGUCCAGCUGGGAGCUGGAGGCCUGGUAUGAGGACUUGCAGGAGGUGCUGUCCUCAGAUGAAAAUGGGGGUACCUGUGUCUCACCCCCUGGAAACGAGGAGGAAGGACCAAAAACCUUCACCACUCUUGACCCCGCCUCCCUGGCUUGGCUGACCGAGGAGCCAGGACGAGCAGCGGUCACGUGCACCUCCCAGAGCCCCAGCUCUCCGGAUUCCAGUCAGAGCUCCCCGGCUCAGGAGGAAGAAGAGGAAGACCAAGAAAGACCCAGGAAACGGAAACACAGUGGCCAGUCCCCGGCACGGGCUGGAAAGCAGCACAUGAAGGAGAAAGGACAAGAGAAUGAAAGAAAAGUGGCACAGCUAGCUGAAGAGAACGAACGGCUCAAGCAGGAAAUUGAGCGCCUGACCAGGGAAGUGGAGGCGACUCGCCGAGCUCUGAUUGACCGGAUGGUUAAUCUGCACCAAGCGUGAACGGCUGGGACCAGCACUUCCCCCUCGGGCCACUUCUGACCCUUCCUGGAAGUAUCUACUGACCACCUUCUCACCAGUGCCAACGAUGUACCCCUCCCACCCCCAUCUAUUCAGUAGGGGGAAAACUUAGGGUAGAUGACAGGAGAGGGUCUCGGCAUGUAUAUAGAGAUUGUACAUUUAUUUAUUACUGUCCACAUCCAUUAAAGUGACUUUCCAGGA